UUUCUCGUGGACGGGUUUCUGCGCGGGGAGCUCCGUGUGAAGGAGAUCGGAGCAGUUUUUAAACUGCCAGCAGCUCCGUUUCUGGACAAAGAUCAUUCCCGUUAACGGAGUCACAGCUGGAACUGAAGGACGAAGGAGACGACGGUUCCACGUGUCCAGAUGUUGGAGCGGAGUCGGUGGAUGAGAGCAGAAGUUCAGAUGAAGGUGUGUGUGUGAGCUGAUGUGGACGUGAAUUCAGCAGAAUGGACCAGUGUGAGGACGGAGAGGACGGAGUCCUUCCCUCUAAAACCUCUCUGUGUGGGGAACAUGAGAGUCGGAGCAAAGCUCAGAGGAACCAACCUGGACCUGGACCUGGACCUGGACCUGGACCUGGACCUGGACCUGGACCUGGACCUGGACCUGGACCAGGACCUGGACCUGGACCUGGACCUGGACCUGGACCUGGACCUGGACCUGGACCUGGACCUGGACCCAGCUGUGUGUCCUUGAAGAGCGACAAGUCAAUGGAAUAUGUUAUUACCUUCAAAGGAGACCAAGGUUCUGCUGUAAUGAGGGUCCAUCAGAAAGGAGACUCUCUUGAACAUGAACCCAGCUGUUUGUCCUUGAAGAGCAACAUGUCAAAUGAUAGAUAUAUUGAAUUUAAAGGAGACCAACAGUCUUCUUCAGAGAGAGUGGACCAGCAGAUCUCAGAGUCCCCCAGUGGUCCGUCUGUCCAGCAGCAUCACACACAGCUGGACUCCGUCUUUCAGCUGCUGGAGGACAACAUCGUCAUGUUUGUGAAGAACGAGUUGAAGAAGAUCCAGAGGGGUCUGAGUCCAGAUUACCCAGAAUCCCUAGAGCAUGUGUUGCUUGGUGAGGAUGAAGAGCAGAGGAGCAUCAGAGAUGCGUUUGUGAAGAUCACAGUGAACUUCCUGAGGAGAAUGAAGCAGGAGAAGCUGGCUGAGCGUCUGCAGAGCAGUACUUUUGCUGAAGUUUGUAAAAAGCGGCUGAAGUCUAAGCUGAAGAAGAAGUCCCGGUGUGUGUUUGAGGGGAUCAUUAAAGCAGGAAACCCAACCCUUCUGGAGCAGAUCUACACGGAGCUCUACAUCACAGAGGGAGGGACCGGAGAGGUCAACGAAGAGCAUGAAGUCAGACAGAUUGAAGCAGCAUCCAGGAAACCAGACAGAACAGAAACAGCCAUCAGACAGGAAGACAUCUUUAAACCCCCACCUGGAAGAGGAGGACCAAUCAGAACGGUGAUGACGAAGGGAGUGGCCGGCAUCGGGAAAACAGUCCUAACACAGAAGUUCAGUCUGGACUGGGCUGAAGGCAGAACCAACCAGGAGAUCCAGUUCCUGCUUCCAUUCACCUUCAGACAGCUGAAUGUGCUGAGAGAGGAGAAGUUCAGCUUGGUGGAACUAGUUUAUCACUUCUUCAGUGAAACCAGAGAAAUGUGCAGCUUUGAAGAGUUCCAGGUCACGUUCAUCUUUGACGGUCUGGAUGAGAGUCGACUUCCUCUGGACUUCCACAACAAUGAGGACCUGACUGAUGUUACAGAGUCCACCUCACUGGACGUGCUGCUGACAAACCUCAUCAGGGGGAACCUGCUUCCUUCUGCUCGUCUCUGGAUCACCACACGACCUGCAGCAGCCAAUCAGAUCCCUCCUGACUGUGUUGACAUGGUGACAGAAGUCAGAGGGUUCACUGACCCACAGAAGGAGGAAUACUUCAGGAAGAGGUUCAGAGAAGAGGAGCACACCAGGAUCAUCUCCCACAUCAAGACAUCACGGAGCCUCCACAUCAUGUGCCACAUCCCAGUCUUCUGCUGGAUCACUGCUACGGUCCUGGAGAACGUCCUGGAGAAAGUCCUGGAAGCCAGAGAGGGAGGGGAGCUGCCCAAGACCCUGACUGAGAUGUACAUCCACUUCUUGGUGGUCCAGGCCAAGCUGAAGAAGGUCAAGUAUGAUGGAGGAGCUGAGACAGAUCCACACUGGAGUCCAGAGAGCAGGAAGAUGGUGGAGUCUCUGGGAAAACUGGCUUUUGAGCAGCUGCAGAAAAGAAACCUGAUCUUCUAUGGACCAGACCUGAGAGAGUGUGGCAUCAAUGUCAGAGACGCUUCAGUGUACUCAGGAGUGUUCACCCAGAUAUUUAGAGAGGAGAGCAACCUGUACCAGGACCAGGUCUUCUGCUUCAUCCAUCUGAGUGUCCAGGAGUUUCUGGCUGCUCUUCAUGUCCAUCAGACCUUCAUCAAGUCUGGAGACAACCUGCUGGAGGAACAAAGAAACACCUCCUGGUGGUUUAAAACAAGAGCCGUGACUGACCUCUAUCAGAGUGCCGUGGAAAAGGCCUUACAGAGUCCAAACGGACACCUGGACUUGUUCCUGCGCUUCCUCCUGGGUCUUUCACUGGAGACCAAUCAGAACCUCCUACGAGGUCUGAUGACAUCAAGCAAAAGAAGUUCACAGAACAAUCAGGAAACAAUCAAAUACAUCAAGGAGAAGAUAAGUGAGUAUCUGUCUGCAGAGAAAAGCAUCAACCUGUUCCACUGUCUGAAUGAACUGAACGAUCGGUCUCUGGUGGAGGAGGUCCAAGAGUCCCUGAGGUCUGGACGUCUCUCCACAGAUAAACUGUCUCCUGCUCAGUGGUCGGCUCUGGUCUUCAUCUUACUGUCAUCAGGAGAUCUGGAAGUGUUUGACCUGAAGAAGUUCUCAGCUUCAGAGGAGGCUCUACGGAGGCUGCUGCCGGUGGUCAAAGCCUCCAAGAAAGUUCUACUGAGUGGCUGUCAACUCUCAGAGGACAUCUGUCCACUUCUGUCCUCAGUUCUCAGCUCUCAGUCCUCCAGUCUGACAGAACUGGACCUGAGCAACAAUCACCUGCAGGAUUCUGGACUGGAGCAGCUGUGUCCUGGACUGGAGAGUCCACACUGUCACCUGGAGACUCUCAGACUGAGUGGCUGUAACCUCUCAGGGAACAUCUGUCCACUUCUGUCCUCAGUUCUCAGCUCUCAGUCCUCCAGUUUGACAGAACUGGACCUGAGCAACAACCACCUGCAGGAUUCUGGACUGGAGCAGCUGUGUCCUGGACUGGAGAGUCCACACUGUCACCUGGAGUCUCUCAGUUGUCGUGGACGUGAAAUCAACCAUGAGCUGGUUUUUGCAGCCUCUAGCGGCCAGUCGAGGAACUGCAGCGAGUCAGAGUUCCUCAUGAGGAGUGAGAUGGUCGGCGCUUGGUCUCCACCUGGACAGCCAGCGGUGAAGGACGACAUGCCAUCAAACAUGUCACUGCAGAACGUGGAGAAUCAUCCAGAAACACUGGAGGAGGAACCAGGGGUUCUUCAUCCCACAUCCUCACACCUUGGAGGUGGAACCUCCGUCUGUACAGUUGUGUGUUACGCAUAUCCGUCCAUCGAGGUGAACAUUUCCUUUCUGGACCAGGAUGAGCCGACGUCUUCCAGUCCGGUUUUCCUGCUCAUCACAAGUUGUCGUGGACGUGAAAUCAACCAUGAGCUGGUUUUUGCAGCCUCUAGUGGCCAGUCGAGGAACUGCAGCGAGUCAGAGUUCCUCAUGAGACCCGACCCAGAAGUGAGAUGGUCGGCGCUUGGUCUCCACCUGGACAGCCAGCGCUGUGUGUCCGCAUAUCCGUCCAUCGAGGUGAACAUUUCCUUUCUGGACCAGGAUGAGCCGACGUCUUCCAGUCCGGUUUUCCUGCUCAUCACAUCAGAGGACAUCUGUCCACUUCUGUCCUCAGUUCUCAGCUCUCAGUCCUCUAGUCUGACAGAACUGGACCUGAGCAACAACGACCUGCAGGAUUCUGGACUGGAGCAGCUGUGUCCUGGACUGGAGAGUCCACACUGCCACCUGGAGUCUCUCAGGCUGUCAGGCUGUCUGAUCUCAGAGGAAGGAAGUUCUUCUCUGGUCUCAGCUCAGACCUCCAACCCCUCCCACCUGAGAGAGCUGGACCUGAGCUACAACCAUCCAGGGGAGUCAGGAGGGAAGCUUCUGUCUAGACUGGAGGAUCCCCACUGGAGACUGGACACUCUCAGGGUGGAGCCUGCUGGACAACGAUGGCUGACACCAGGUCUGAGGAAGUAUUCCUGUCAACUCACCGUCGACACAAACACAGUCCAGAACAACAUCAAACUGUCUGACAACAACAGGAAGAUGAUGUUUGUGGAGGAGGAUCAGUCAUAUCCUGAUCAUCCAGACAGGUUUGAUGUCUGGCCUCAGCUGCUGUGUAGAGAAGUUCUGACGGGUCGCUGUUACUGGGAGUUCCAGAGGAGCGGAGCUGUUUCUGUAUCAGUGAGUUACAGAAGAAUCAGCAGGAAAGGAGGCUCUGAUGACUGUAGGUUUGGAGGAAACGAUCAUUCCUGGAGUCUGUUCUGUUCUCCAGGUGAUCGGUACCAUGUCCUUCACAAUAACAGAGUAACAUCCACCACCUCCUCAUCUCCAUGUCCAGACUCUGGCAGAGCAGCAGUUUACGUGGACGUUCCUGCUGGAACUCUGACCUUCUAUAAAGUCGUCUCUGACAGACUGAUCCACCUCCACACCUUCAACACCAGCUUCUCUGAACCUCUUUAUCCUGGAUUUGGACUCUACUGGUCCAGUUCUGGUUCUGAUUCCUCAGUGUCUCUGUGUCCAGUUUAGUCUCCAGAGUCUCCGGUCAGAGAAACUGUCUCUGUUGGAUCCUGGACUUGGACUCUGGUUCUGGUUCCUCAGAGUCUCCAUGAUGAAGAUGAUGAAGAUGAUGAUGGUGAUGAUGAUGAUGAUGAUGAUGAUGAUGAUGAUGAUGAUGAUGAUGAUGAUGAUGAUGAUUCUAGUAAAUUGGAAAAAUUGUCCCCGGUCCCCCCCGGGGACCGGGAUCCUUUAUGACUGUUCUUACAUAAUUCUUGCACACGUAUACUUUUAGCAUGAAUCCUACGCACUCUUUUAUAAAUGAGGCCCCGUCUGCAGAGGAAAAGAUAAUCAGGACCGGCUUUGUCCCAUCAGAGAAACUGCAGACAUUAUCCAGAUCCCUCCGGAUCCUUUCUGAGCCCAACCAUGGACCCCCCACCCCACAUGUUUCUGCUUAUUCUCUUUAUUAUAAGUCUGAGUUACCAAAGAUUUGAAUGAUUUUUUUUUAGAUAAGUGAAUCAUAAACAUGAAUUUCAUCUGAUUUUAAUUCAUAUCCAACUAGACACAGUGGCAAUCUUCAUUUAGCCUUCUGUCCAACAUCUGGUCAUCAAUUUAAUAUAACAUUUACCGGUAGAUCCAAAACUCUGGAAUGACUUGAAUGAGUCGCUGAAGUCGACAUUAUCUUUUACCUCCUUCAGAAAGUUAUUAAAGACAUCUUAUUCUGUCUUAACCUUCAAUGGGCCCGAUUUACUAAAGGUUUGCGUGCGUAAAAACGUGUGCAAACUUGACAGCACCCACAAACCAAAGUGCCAGCUGAUCUACUAACAGCGUGCAAAGACGACUGCGUCUCUGAAAUGCGCAAAAUAGCACACGCAAUUCAUUUAGUACUUUUGCCCUGAUGAAUAAUCAAUAUGGGGCGUACCCGGCAGAAAUCCUAAAUACUGGGAGGGGGAGAUGCAAAUUGCUCCAUUUACCACGCGCAAUGAGAUUUACCAAGCCUGAAAGUAAUUGCGCGUAUUGUGAUUGCGUCUGUAUUUAAUACGUUCGAAAGGAAGGUGCUAAUCUGCUGCUGCUGUUAUUGUGGCAAGGAGGCGACAUCCAAAAUCAAAGAAUAUGCAGAGAGAGAGUCUUUAUUCUGCUGCAUGCUAUUUUAAAAAUGGUUGCACAAGUUUUAUUAAAGGCCACUUUUUCUUUAGUUCUUCACCUUAUAUCUUCUUUUAAUGUGCCCCCCUCCACUCGCCCACAAGCAGGCCAAGCCUUUGUGCCAAACUUUGUAUUUUAUUGAUUACUUAUCUUAUUGAACGUGAAAUCAUCCUUCGUAAAUUACAUUUAAUUAAAACCCCUGCUUAUUAAUCACAAAACACAGGUUAAACAUCAUGACCAAAUCCGCUCCGACCCACUGUGUCAGUGAUCAGCGCAGACAGACUGCAGCUUCGCCUGAAUUAUGGUUCUGCGUUAAAUCGACGGCGUUUAUUUGCCUCUUCCACUAAUAUCUCUAACUCCAACUCGUUCAAUUUCAUUUUGCGCUUGUGACUUGUGACUGUGCAUUCCAUCCACUCUCCAUGGCGCAGAGUUUGCGCUCGCAAACCUUAAGACACGCAACUCCUCAUUUAAAUACUGCGGUUUGCACCUGUUAUCAAUUGCGCACGCAAUCUUAGUUGAUCACCCGCAAACCACACGCAAACAGCACGCGCAAACUUUUUCAGUGCACACGCAAUUUAGUACUCUUUAUUUAGGAUCUUAGUAAAUCGGGCCCAAUGUCUUUAUCUUUAAUGUGAUCCAGAACUUGUAUCCGUGUUGUCUUUUACGUUUAUAUUUAUAAUUUAAAAAGAAAUGUGUGCUAAAUAAAUAAAUGAAAUGAAUCCCACAUCAAAAACCUAGUGAGGUUAUUCACAAUUGUUGACUUGCACUUUACACAACUUAUACUGAAAAUCUAAAAAGUAAUUUUCUUAUCAAAUUAUGUUUAUUCAAAAACAAAACAUAUUAGUUACAACGACGUGAAACUGCUUCUAGUUUACAGGACGUGUGCAGAUCUAGAAAAAUGAAGAAACCGUUUCGUACUUGUGUCACUUUGGUCCAAAUGAUUAAUAAUAAAACUAAAACCUUUAUUUUCUAACAAAACAACAAAAUCCCUUUGAGUUCCACAUAAACAAAAGCACGCAGUAAUAUUCAUAAUUACAAAGUUUUCAUGAAAAAGCAUGUUUUACAGCAUUUUACUGAAAAAAAGGGGGGGGGUCAAAGGUAUUUUCA